AUGUCGGAUCACAGCGCGAAACGGCAACGUUUGGACUCGAUAGGAAGAUUCUCACCCGCCAGCCCGCCCUUUGACGUCGCUGCCAAGGCGAGCGGCCAGACGACAAAGACGCUCAUUCACCCUCGAACGCCCACCUCGCCACCCUACUCGAUGAAUUCGCAAUCCAAUGGAGGCUUCCCCACGACAAACUCCGCCGUGUCGGACCGCUCACCGCAAUCCUCCCUGCCCAUGUCGACCUCGCUCUCCCAGUCGGCAACAUCGGCAUCCAACCAGCACCCCUUCCCGACCCCCGCGAGCACUGCCGGCUUCAUGUCGAGCGCCAAUAUCGACAGCGAUGGCGAUGCGACGAUGGAAGAGAGCGCGGACGAUGACAUAACGCGGUUGCGUCACCACAGGCUGUCCAACCACAACCGGCAAGCCGAAUCGCCAUACACCGAAGACGGUCGACUCAAAGCUGCCCAAGGCAUUUGCGGCAGCCAAUUGUUCAAACUCAGCAGCGAGAAGAUUGAGAUAGCACGGCCGCAACCCUCGCAAAAUUUCAUCUCACUCUACAGGCUCAACCCGCUCGCCAAAUCUGUAGCCCGCAAUGACCCGGUAACAGGCGAGAAGAUUAACAAGCUUCGCAAGUCCUACGAGGGCCAUAUCAAGCAGAUGCAGAUCGCCGGCAAGCCAAAAGCGACUAAGAUGGACGGCGUUUUCCGGGAUCUGCUGCUAAUGCCUGAAGAGAUUUGGCAGUCGCAACAUGUGCAGAACAGAGAGCCCGAGAAGCAGGGUCUGACAGCAGACGGCACAGCAUUGAGUUCAAACCUCAGCAGACUUCUCGACGACGCCUUCGCAGGCACAGCUCCUGGACCUCUCCCCAACGCAGAAGCUGCCAAAUACAAGGCCUAUCUCGGCACAGACGAUGCCGUAAAACCCAAACCACAGGAAAUACCACCACAGCGAGCCACAUCCUUCACAUCCUCCGCACCAACACCGACCAACCAUAUGAACCGGGGUGCAGUAAGGCCAGAGCGAUCAAGCUCGAAGCGCGGCUACACCGAUGCCGCAUUCCAAGGCUACGGCGAGGGCUUUGGAGACGACUAUGCAGACUCCACCGGAGGCGAAGACACACCCGGCGGCAACAUGGCGAACAAGCGACGAAAGCUCCAAUUUGAACGAACAUCACACUCGGUCGAAGUAGGCGGCGCACGACGAUAG